GACAACUGAAAAACGUUAUAGCAGAGUUAGUUGAAUUAUCAACGAAACAUUAGUCUAAAUUAUAUUAACAGUAUUUUGUUCAAGACAUUUCUGUUAAAUUAAUCUAUGCGUACUUUCUUGGCAAUUAUGUGAAAAACUCGUUAAGAUUCGUUAUAUGGACUUAAAUUAACUUAAUUUUCUUCGUGGCCUUUGGGAGACAAUCAAUUGAGAUGGGUCUGCUGGAUAAGCUCUCGACAUGGCUCGGCAAAGGUCGCAUGGAAGUAACUGUUCUGGUGCUGGGCUUGGACAACAGCGGGAAGAGUACGAUGCUGAACACCUUGCGCCCUCCUGAGCAAAGAGCGCAGCAUUUAAUGCCAACCGUUGCACAGAACCAUGAUAGUUUUCAAAGUGGCGGAGUUAGUUUCACGGCUUGGGAUGUGUCGGGGGCGCCGCGGCACCGCGCGCUGUGGGAGAGACAUUACCGUCGAGCGCACGCCGUCAUAUUCGUCGUGGACUCCGCCGAUCAUCUUAGAUUGGUGGUAGCUCGCGAGGAGCUGGAGCUCAUGCUGGCUCAUCCGGACAUGUGCGGUCGGCGCAUUCCCUUACUGGUGUUCGCGAAUAAAUGCGACGCGCCGCACGCACUCGCACCCAUGCAGAUUGCUGCAGUUUUAGGUCUAGAGCGUAUCACGGACAAGCCGUGGCACGUGUGCGCGUCCAUUGCGCUCUCCGGGGCUGGACUGGCGGACGGCGUGGCGUGGCUCGCCAGACAGAUCCGCGACGCACAUCUGCCCAAAAGUUAGGCUCGACAAGGAUGUACGAGCUAGUCACAGAAAAACUACUUCGAACGCCAUCAAAAGCAAAAAGCUUCAGGAGUGCUAGCUCAAAGAAUUUGUUUCUAUUAAUUGAAUUAUUGUGCAUAAUACCGUAACGAGUGUGUACUUUUCUAGGAUACUACACCGCUUUUGUUGAUAAAACCUUAAACUUUUUAAUAAAAUAAUUAAUCGAAAAAAGGUUUCUCAUUUGCACCCUGUGUGUAAGGUGCCAAUGUAAUAGACAUUUCUACAGUAAAUGCGCCACCUUGAGAUAUAACUUCUAAGGUCUCAAGUAUAGUUACAAUGGCUGCCUCACCCCUCAAACCGAAACGCAUUACUGCUUCACGGCAGAAAUAGGUGGGGUGGUGGUACCUACCUGUGCGAACUCACAAGAGGCCCUACCACCAGUA